UAGUUACUUAGUUAUUUACAAAAGGUGUUAUGCUGGACUGUGUCAUCAUCAGUUUGUGUAACUAAGCGACCAAAAUAAACUGGCUGGGGGAGAGUUGUCACAUUUUUCAACAGGCAAUGGAUGUUGAUCUCUAUGAUGAGUUUGGCAACUACAUUGGGCCAGAACUUGACUCAGAUGAGGAGGAGGAGGAUGACGAUGAGGAUUAUGCAGACCAGGACCAGGACGUGAACGGUUUUGAUGACGAUGAUGGUGCAGGAGGAGAGGAAGAGGAAGUCUCAGCUCAGGCGGUGGUGCUGCAUGAAGACAAGCAAUAUUACCCCAGUGCUGCCGAUGUUUAUGGUCCUGAGGUUGAGACCAUCGUACAGGAGGAAGAUGCUCAACCUCUGACGCAGCCCAUCAUUCAGCCAGUAAAGAUUAAAAAGUUCAGUCAUGUAGAGAAGGACUUACCCGUCACUUGCUACAACCUAGAGUUUCUUGCCGAUCUGAUGGACAAUCCAAACCUGGUUCGAAAUAUAUCACUUGUGGGUCAUCUUCAUCAUGGCAAGAGCACCUUUGUUGACUGUCUAAUUCACCAGACACAUCCAGAAUUCAGGAGCAAGGAGGAUGUUCCUGUUCGAUACACUGACACACUGUUUACUGAAGGCGAACGAGGGCUUAGCAUCAAGGCUACUCCAAUCACUCUAGUGAUGCAGGAUGUUCGCAACAAGAGCUUUCUUAUGAACAUCUUUGACACACCAGGACAUGUAAACUUCUCUGAUGAAGUGACAGCUGCUAUGAGGUUAAGUGAUGGUGUUGUGGUGUUCGUAGAUGCUGCUGAAGGUGUGAUGCUCAACACACAGCGACUCUUGAAACAUGCUGUACAAGAAAGGCUAGCCAUCACCGUGUGCAUCAACAAAGUGGAUCGCCUCAUACUGGAACUAAAGUUGCCUCCUCAGGAUGCAUACUAUAAACUGAGACACAUAGUUGAAGAAGUUAACUCUCUUCUCCAGCAGUAUACAGACCAGGAGAAUCCACAAACCAUCUCCCCUUUGCUAGGCAAUGUUUGCUUUGCCAGCUCUCAGUAUUCUCUCUGUUUUACUCUGAAAUCCUUUGCUAAAACAUAUUGCCAGCAUUAUGGCUAUGAGCUGCCUCUGGAGGAUUUUGCAAGGCGUCUGUGGGGUGACAUAUAUUUCAAUCCUCGUACUAGGAAGUUUACAAAGAAGCCUCCCACUUCAACGGCUCAGAGGAGCUUUGUAGAAUUUAUCCUUGAGCCUCUUUAUAAAAUCUUUGCACACAUUGUUGGAGAUGUAGAUACUCAUUUGUUAUCUUUAAUGGAAGAGUUGGGUAUCCACAUGAGCAAGGAAGAGCAGAAGAUGAAUAUCAGACCAUUGCUGAAACUUUUCAUGACUAAAUUCAUUGGUGAUUUUGAAGGGUUCGUAGAUAUGUGUGUUCAGCACAUACCUUCACCCAAAGCAUAUGGAAAGCAGAAGGUGGAGACAACUUACACCGGCCCGCUGGAUGCACAGCUGGCAGAGAGCAUGAUGGUGUGCGACCCGGAGGGUCCCCUCGUUGUUCACACUACCAAGCAGUAUCCCAAUCAAGAUGCAACUGCUUUUCACGUAUUUGGACGUGUUCUUUCAGGAACCAUUCAUGCUAACCAAGACGUUCGUGUGUUGGGUGAAAAGUAUACGCUCAUGGACGAGGAAGAUUCCCGUAUAUUGACUGUUGGAAGGUUGUGGGUGUCCGAAGGCCGAUACAACAUAGAGGUGAAUGCUGUUCCUGCUGGCAACUGGGUCUUGAUUGAGGGAAUUGAUGAACCCAUUGUGAAGACUGCUACCAUCACAGAUCUUCCACCCAGUAGUGAACUGCAUAUUUUCCGACCACUUAAGUUUAACACCCAGUCUGUCAUAAAGAUUGCAGUUGAACCAGUAAAUCCUUCAGAGCUGCCCAAGAUGUUAGACGGUCUUCGUAAAGUUAACAAAUCAUACCCACUGUUGAGUAAUAAGGUAGAGGAAUCUGGAGAGCAUAUUAUUCUUGGAACAGGAGAAUUAUACCUGGAUUGUGUCAUGCAUGAUCUGAGGAAGAUGUACUCAGAGAUUGACAUUAAGGUGGCUGACCCUGUGGUCAGUUUUUGUGAGACUGUCGUUGAUACGUCCUCACUAAAAUGUUUUGCAGAAACUCCAAACAAGAGAAAUAAGAUCACCAUGAUUGCCGAACCAUUAGAAAGGGGUUUAGCUGAAGAUAUUGAAGGAGAAGUUGUACAAAUAAAUUGGGACCGUAGACGACUGGGAGAGUUUUUCCAGACACGCUAUGAUUGGGAUGUGUUGGCUGCUCGGUCAAUUUGGGCUUUUGGUCCCGAUCAGAGUGGGCCAAAUAUUUUGGUAGAUGACACACUGCCCUCAGAAGUAGACAAGAAUUUAUUGUCAUCUGUAAGAGAUUCUAUUGUGCAAGGUUUCCAGUGGGGUACAAGAGAAGGUCCUCUCUGUGAAGAACCCAUUCGAAAUUGUAAGUUCAAGAUUCUUGAUGCAGUCAUAGCCGAGGAGCCUUUGCAUCGAGGUGGUGGUCAAGUUAUUCCAACAGCCAGGAGGGUGGCAUACUCAGCGUUCUUGAUGGCAACGCCUCGACUCAUGGAACCUUACUAUUUUGUGGAAAUCCAGGCUCCAGCAGAUUGUGUAUCAUCAGUAUAUACGGUGUUAACAAAGCGUCGUGGCCACGUAACCCAGGAUGCCCCUGUAGCUGGUUCCCCACUCUAUACUAUUAAAGCCUUCAUUCCAGCCAUUGAUUCCUUUGGGUUUGAGACAGAUUUGCGUAUGCAUACACAGGGUCAGGCCUUCUGUUUGAGUGUGUUCCAUCAUUGGCAGAUUGUGCCAGGUGAUCCUCUAGAUAAGAGCAUUGUGAUUCGCCCCUUAGAGCCCCAGCCAGCCACUCAUCUGGCCCGUGAGUUCAUGAUCAAGACUCGACGGAGAAAAGGCUUGUCAGAGGAUGUAUCUAUUAAUAAGUUCUUCGAUGAUCCUAUGUUGCUGGAACUUGCCAGACAAGAUGUGACACUCAACUAUGCUUAAGGGUUAGUUUUAGUUUGUACCUGUAUGAGAAAAAAUAUACUUUACAUUGUACAA